AAUAGCUCUGGCAUUCCUACAUGUAUCUACUUCUGGCGCAUGCAUCUCAGAUGACUCGCAACGAACAACUUCUUGAGCACUGGUUAACUUCUAUUCGAUUGAUUGAUGCCGCUCAUUUAACGGCAGCACUGGGUUUCAAUAAAAGUCCUUUUCAAUCAAAUCUCAGUAUGACGACUUCAGCAACAGCCGACUCAACUAGCGAGAUUUCAGACUUAGUUAAGUUUGAGAGAAGCUUACGACAUUAUCAUCUAUGUUACGGCUACAUCGCCUUCGUCAAUACAGCAGUUAGCUUGUACAUAUGCUGCAUGCUCCUCCUUGGGAGACCCCCUCUCAAUCCCACUGGAAAGCUACGAUGGAAGAAAGUUACCUGCGCUUACUUUGCCAUCACUUGGGUAGCGAGUCCAAUUCUAAUGAUCUUCAUACAACUGCCUCUUACCGAGUCAAGGGCCAUGCGAGAUCUAAUGACGGGAAGCACAAUAACCGUUGCAACCAAUCAUUUGAUAGUGCUCGGAGGACUUUUAAACGUCAUAUUUUCCAAGAAGAAGAAAGAUGAAGAAGCUAAGCAAGGAGUGGGCGAGGAAGUCGUGAGGGCCAACGAAACCGAACUCGGUCUUGAGACUGUUUACCGAUUGUCAACUGAUUCAGCAUUUUCAAAAUCAAUCGUUUCAAUCGAAGCGGACUCCGACAACGAGAGAAGCACGGAAAACGCAAGCCUUCUCUCAAGUUUCGCUAAAAACACAUCUGCUGCACAAGUCCAAUCAAUGACGGAAUCCGAUGAGAAAGGGAAAAGCGCACCACUAGAGAAGAAAUCAGCAGCUGAUUCCCUGAUCCCCCUACCGGACCGGGACACUCAGGUUUCGGUGUUGGUUUCCAUGCUUAAUCUACUGCCUGGGUAUGGCUUGAUGUUUCUUCCCAUCUACAAACUUCUAUCCGUCAUCUUAGAACACGAAACAGUCGGUGCUGAGCUUCAGCGGCAGACCAAGGAUAUUCUUAUCUUUUAUAGUGUCUGGGUGAUGCUUUUUAUUGGUGUAUGCACCAUCAUCAUCAAAAGAAUACGUUCUCUAUGUAAGCAGGACGACACAGAGUGUGCCUUUACGGGAGAAGACGAGAAGAAGAAGAGGGAUGCACUGUUAAGACUCGGAUGGAAGCUGGCGAUCGUAGUGUUCUACCUGCUGGUAAUAAUGUCAACCGUCUGGAUGCAAUAUCUUGUCAUUGCGACAAUCGCAAAAGAUCCGACUGGCAUGUCACACUUGCUGCAACUCGAGAAUCUCAGUUUGGCAUACGCUCUUGUACCAAAACUUCUUAUAUUUGCAUCUUGAGCUGGACUUGUCGACCUAUAGUUGAAAUUCUAGCUGCAGUAGAUACAAAAAACAUUGAACCGUAGUCCUGAAAUCUUCCAAUGGC